GGGGAAGGCGUCAGAUCUGACUUUGCAGGCUGGUUCGCUCCUUCCGAUGUAGCCUCUCCUGGAGGAAGCGGGGCAUUCCCUCGGAUCAGUGUGAAAAGAUAACCAAAUUCAGGUUAAUCUUGACCUAAGAGCAGAAGGUGGCUCAGUAUGCCAACAGCCUUAUGAGAAUACUAGCGCUCUUUCAUUGCUGAUACAUGCACAAAGUCAACAAAAAUGUCAGCGCUCUACCCUACCUCUGAAUUAUUAACAGAUAUGGAAAAUGGGACUUUUCUGGAAUUGUAUCCCACAUCUCUUUCAACAUCUAUGGAUUCAUCUUCGGGACGUAUGUCUAAUGUGUAUGUCUAUGUUUCAAUAUUCCUCAGCCUCUUGGCAUUCCUCCUGUUGCUAUUAAUCAUUGCUCUUCAAAGGCUGAAGAACAUCAUCUCUUCCAGCUCUUCCUAUCCAGAAUAUACCAGCGAUGCUGGGAGCUCCUUCACUAACUUAGAAGUUUGUAGUAUUUCUUCCCAGCGGUCUGCUUUUUCAAACCUCUCUUCAUGAACCAUGAAAGGGAAUACAUUGCGGGAUGGAACAGCUUCCUCUGACUUUGGGGUGGAAGUAUAUGCAUGCAGUAUUCACCUCAGAAUACUAUUAGUCAUAAAAGAGGUGACCUUUAAUGCUCAUUUUGAUUUCCCUUUCUGUUUUUAGUUGC